ACUUACGAAUAUUAGAAUAUGGGUGCAACGGAUAUUAAUGACAUAGGUUAGGUGAAGUUUUCUUUACAAAUUUUCUGUACAUGUAUGAAUAGUGUUUGGUGUGGUCCUUAGUUAAAAAAAGUGUAAAAACUUUACAUAGUGACUUAAUACAGAAUGGCCUCGAGUGAUUCGAACACGGAUGAUUCUUUAUAUCCUAUCGCUGUACUUAUUGAUGAACUCCGAAACGAAGAUGUUCAAUUGAGACUAAAUAGUAUAAAGAAACUCUCCACUAUAGCUCUAGCAUUAGGAGUAGAAAGGACGAGGAGUGAGCUCAUACCUUUUCUAACAGAUACAAUAUAUGAUGAAGAUGAAGUUUUGCUGGCACUUGCUGAACAAUUGGGUACCUUCACACCUUUAGUAGGUGGUCCUGAAUAUGUACAUUGUCUCUUGCCACCCCUUGAAAGUCUGGCAACUGUAGAAGAAACUGUUGUUCGAGAUAAAGCUGUAGAAUCUUUGAGAAACAUAUCUCAACAACACAGUGCUGCAGAUUUAGAGCAGUACUUUGUUCCUCUUGUAAAGAGAUUAGCUUCAGGUGAUUGGUUUACCUCAAGAACAUCUGCAUGUGGUUUAUUUGGUGUAUGUUAUGCAAGACUGUCUCCUCAAUUAAAAGCUGAAUUGCGCAAUCAUUUUCGAAACCUUUGCCAAGAUGAUACGCCUAUGGUUCGCCGAGCUGCUGCUAGCAAAUUGGGAGAAUUUGCUUAUGUGGUAGAGUUAGAUUAUGUCAAAUCAGAUUUGAUUCCAAUGUGGGCAAAUUUAGCUCAAGAUGAGCAGGACUCAGUUCGCUUGCUUGCUGUUGAAGCUUGCGUUUCUAUAUCAGAAUUACUUCCACAAGAUGAUAUUGAACAGUUUGUAAUGCCUAUUCUUCGUCAAGCAGCUGAGGACAAAUCCUGGCGAGUCCGAUAUAUGGUUGCUGAUAAAUUUAAUGAGAUCCAAAAAGCAGUUGGUCCAGAAAUUACAAAAACAGAUUUAGUGCCUGCUUUUCAAAAUUUGUUGAAAGACUGUGAAGCAGAAGUACGUGCAGCUGCAGCUCACAAAGUAAAAGACUUUUGUCAGAAUUUGCCAACAGAUAUUCAAGAACAAGUAAUCAUGAGUAAUAUUCUUCCGUGCAUUAAAGAAUUAGUUGCAGAUGCCAAUCAGCAUGUGAAGUCAGCUUUAGCAUCAGUUAUUAUGGGGUUGUCACCAAUUUUAGGGAAACAAAACACUGUAGAACACCUACUUCCUCUCUUUCUGUCACAGUUAAAAGACGAGUGUCCAGAUGUGCGGUUAAAUAUAAUUUCCAAUCUUGACUGUGUUAAUGAAGUAAUAGGCAUAACGCAGCUUUCGCAGUCUCUUUUGCCUGCUAUAGUGGAACUAGCUGAAGACAGUAAAUGGAGGGUGCGAUUAGCUAUAAUUGAAUACAUGCCUCUCUUAGCUGGACAGCUGGGUGUUGAGUUUUUUGAUGAAAAACUGAAUACAUUGUGUAUGACUUGGCUUGUAGAUCAUGUAUUUGCUAUCAGAGAAGCAGCAACACAGAACUUAAAGAAACUUGUUGAAAAGUUUGGUCCUGAUUGGGCUACUAACACUGUUAUACCAAAAGUAUUAACAAUGUCACAAGAUCAGAACUAUCUUCAUCGUAUGACAUGUUUAUUUUGUGUGAAUGUUUUAGCUGAAGCUUGUGGCCCAGAAAUAACAGCAAAAUAUAUGCUACCAACAGUGUUGGGAUUGGCAAAUGACAAUGUUGCAAAUGUUCGUUUUAAUGUUGCAAAAACCUUACAGAGGAUAGGUCCAGUUUUAGACAAUGCGGCUUUAGAGAGUCAAGUGAAGCCUUGCCUUGACAAAUUGAACAAUGACAAUGAUAUGGAUGUUAGAUAUUUUGCUUCUGAAGCUCUAGCAGUAUUAGGGGCUUAAUCUUCUACUGUGUUGUCUACCAAGAAAAGAGGCUUUUAUUUUACUUUAAAAAGUGGUUCGAGUCAUCAUUUACUUUCUUCAUAUUGAAUUAAAAACACUUCCAACAGCAAAUUUUACACUGUGCUAGUGCAGACAAGCUAAUAAUUGUGCAAUAAUUCAUCAUAAUCUCCAGCCUAAUUAACUAUCAUUGUGAAAAACGUGAUGAAUUGUUGGCAAGUUGUUCAUACUUAACACAGUAUCGCUAUCAUAAAAGAAAAUAAUUUUAAGCUGGUUAAAGAAAUAAACCUGAUUAUGCAUUUUUCUUUCCUUUUUAUUUAACUGAAUAACUCCUUGAAAAUGCUUACUUUAAUAUUUUGUCUUUGUUUCCUGAAUUGUAAUUAAACCAUCACUUAAUUUUUUUUCAAGUAACUUCAGAAAUACUUAUUGGUGUCUAUCUCAUAUUUAUAACUAAUGGAAUUAUUCAAUAUUCAUAAAACUUCAAUUACCUUCUUCAUCAGUGUGUAUUUAAGAAUCAAACGUUUAGCUAUUACUCUAUAUUUGGUUGCUUGUAUUGCAUUGAUUCGUAAUCAAGAUUGAAUUCUUUCAUGUUUUUCGUUAUAGGAAGUAAGUUAUUAAAUUAUUACAUUCAAAUAGUUUAAAAGGGUUAAAGAAAAGGCUUUUAACUGUUUUGUGUAGGACAUGGUAUACAGAAAUUAAUUUUGUUUUUUUUCUCAGAUUAUGUUUUAAAAGACUGCUUUUUAAAAAAGCUUAUUCAUCUUGUGUAGGAUCAGCUUUUUUCCUCUCUGAAUUUUUUUAUUUGUGUGUGGUUGAAACUAUUUUUUGUGAAUGCUGAUACAUCAGUUAUUUACCUUCUGUAUAGAUAAUAGCAUUAAUUUAUAAAUAAUGUGCAAGCAGUUUAAAGCUUGGAAUUUAUUUGUGGUUUUUGUAAGUAAAUGCUCAGUAAAGACUGCAAAUGUGAAAGUUUGUACUAGUGUGUUUUUGUGCAUCACAAGAGCUACACAUCCCACUGUAUAGCUGGAUACUUAUUUAUAGAUCAGAGUCAUCUAGGAAAUGCUGGACCAUUUUAACCUGGAUACACAAGUUGUGUAGUUCUACUUAUUAACUAGAUCUGCCUUCCCCCUCUCUAGUUAAAAUUCAGCAGAAAAUAUUCAUAACCUUGACAUCUGUGUUUAUAAAUUCAUAUUUCUGUAUUGAUUACUUUGCUUUUCUGUAUAUGUUGUGGAAGUAUUAAAAUUGAAUUAUUGACAAAGUGGUAAUCAUGUUUGUAUGUGUUUGAAAUUGUGUAGUAAUUUUGUAGAGUGUUUAAAAUCUUACCUAGGUUGUCAUUUGUAAAUUAUUAUAAGUAUUUGUUUCUGCACGAUACAAAUUUACUGUUUGAUAAAUCUUUACUACGACAACUUAUGAUAUACUGAAUAAGUUGCUGCUUAUGAGCAUAAAGAACUUUAGCAGAAAUUUAAGCGUUUUUUAAAGUAUAAUAGCUUUUAUUUUCUAAUAUUUUUGCUCAUAGUUGAAUAUUUAGCAUUAAGUUGUACAAGUUAUGGUAUAUUUUUGUUUUUAAUUUAUCGUAGAUGAAUAUUUUCGUAUAUCAUUUUGAAAACUAUCAAAUUAAAAGUAAUUUUCAAAUGUUAUAACUGAUAGACUUUGAAAAUGUAGGUAAAGUUUUAAAGCUCUAGUUAGAGAGGAGUAAAAUUUGUUAUUUUUUAAUUUUGUUAAUAUUGUUGAUAAAAUGCUGUGUUACAUAAAAAACACUGCCAUUCAUGCUUGGUGAGAUACAGUGCAUUUUAUAAAUGCAUACAUUAUUCCCAUUAAUUAAAGUCCUGCAUAUAUUUUUAAGCUAUAAUUUAAUUACUGCUUGGAAAAGUAACUGCUGUUAUAAAGCUAAAUGCUUCAAGUAUGUAUAAGUAUUUAUAAUAUGGCUGCAGAAAUGUGCUAAGGACCAAUACAUUAAAAGAAACAAUGUAAUAGUUAUUA